AUGGACGAAAAUAGUCCCGCCUUCAGGGCAGCGGCAGCAAUUCUGCAGGAUCAGGCUGAAGACUUGCUUCUGCUGGAAUACGUGGAGUGCGUCCAGCGAUCGGGAUUCCCCAUCACAAAAUCCCAGCUCAUGGCCGCAGCGCGAGACCUCCGGCGGCGUCGAGAUCCUGCAGCGGGAGAGAUGGAUCGCGACUUCUACGGCUCUUGGCUUCUGGACCACCCCGAGGUUCGGAUAUACAGGGACGCCACGACACUCAUCAUCAAGUUCUUUGAAGACUUGACAAAGAUUGUGAGAGACUGCCGCAUCGGCGCCUCGGAGUAUUGGAGCCAGGAUGAGUGCAGUAUCAGAGCUGGCACCGUUCGCCAACAGGUGCAGGUCGCUGUUACGGAGUCCAUCCGGUCACAAACCUCACGCGGCGUCGACCCAAGCAAUCCAGAAUCCACAGGUCUCUUGGUGACGGCCAACGGCGCCUGCGACACAAUACCACCAUGGCUGAUAUUCAAGACGUUUCCAGCCUCCUGGCCCGAGGAAGGCGAGGCGGUGGACGACAACGACGAGAGCAUUCGCUUCGUCCAGUCCGCCACGGGCUUCUCAAACGCCGAAAUCGCGUUGCAAUGGCUUCACCACUUCAACAUGUGGUCCUGGAAAAGGUCGGAAAGAGCCCAGCAGUCUGGGAAGACGCUCGAAGAAUGGUUCGGCUGCGAUGCGUGGCUCAGGAACCCCCAAACGCCUCAUUCAGAACCGCACACAGCCACCCCAACCGUGCGGCUCCCACACGAGAAGAUUUACCGUCUUCUCGUUAUCGACAGCUCUCUGGGCCACACAAGCCUCGACUUCUUCGACUACUGCAGAAAAUUUGACAUUAUAGUCAUUGUCAUCCCUUCCGACUUGCCAUUUCCUCAGAGCAUUGGAGAAGAUGUAUGA